CCCACUGCUCCAAAAGUCGGUUUGCCUUCGUAAUUUUUUCUUCUCUCUCUAAAUUAUAUAAAGUCUCCUCAUUUUUCAUCUUUCUCUCUUCUCCAAGCAAAACCCAACCAUCUUCACUACUUAUAUUUAACUUCAAAAUUUGUUUCAGAGAUGAAUCAUUACUAAAUUUCUCCUCGUAUACAUGCACUCUGUUAUUCGUUUAGUACCCAAAUUGACGACUAUUCCUUGUUCCAAUUGAUUCUUUUUGUUCUUUUGAUUGUAAAUUUUAGGUUUUUUGUUGUUGUUGUUGUUGUUUAAAUUUGUAUUGCUAUUAUGGCUUAUAUUGGAAACCAAUACAACCAUUUAGAAAAAGAUUUGUACAAAGCUCCCACGGUUUUUUCUUCCGGUUCAACUUCUUUAGACACUGCAAACGAUAAGGAAUCGGUUGUUUCCGAUUGCGAAAGCGGUGUUUCUGGUCCUUGUUUUGAUCAACCUUCGUUGUGUAACAAUGGGUUGAUUCAGUUAUGUUCUGGGGAUAAAGCGCAUGAUCUUAUCACGAGAAGGUUCCUUUCUAAUCUGGGUUCUAUGGCGGUUCAUAUCAAGGAUUUGACGAUUCAAAAAAACUGCUUUGCUGGUGUUACUUGGCAAGCGAGGCUUCAAUCUUUCCAGAUUUUCAAUAAAGCAAUGGAGAAAAAAUGCGGCGGCGGUGGCGACGCUAAUGUUAAGUACGCUUGGUGUGCCGCUACUAGAGACGAGGUUUGCAAGAUCGUCGAGCAUGGUUUUGGGCAUUGUGGAUUGCCGAAAAACAGCGGGUUGUACGGUCAUGGAAUCUAUCUUUCCCCUGAUGAUUCUCCCAUGGAGAGUGUGAAGAAUGCCGUGGCUGAUAAAAAUGGAGUCCGAUAUUUGAUGCUCUGUCGCGUAAUAUUAGGGAAGGCAGAGCUGGUGCAACCUGGUUCGAAGCAAUGUCAUCCGAGUUCCGACGAGUUUGAUUCCGGCGUCGAUGAUUUAUCGUCGCCGAAGAAGUACGUCGUGUGGAGUACGCAUUUGAACACUCAUAUAUUGCCGGAGUUCAUCGUGAGUUUCAGGGCUACGUCGUCAUUGAAAGGGUUUCGUGGGAUGCAAGAUAGGCUAAAGAUGCCGACUUCGCCAUGGAUAUCGUUUCCAGCUCUUAUAUCAGCACUUUCUAAAUACCUACCUCCAACUGCCAUGAACUUGAUCUCCAAGUAUUAUAGAGAUCACAAGGAUAAGAAAAUAUCAAGGCAUGAACUCAUACAACUUGUGAGACAAUUUGCUGGGGACAAGUUGUUGAUUGCUGUCAUCAAAUCCUCAAGGACCAAGCAAUACAGGCACAAGUGAGGAAGCAGUGGAUGAGUGUGGAAAGCUAAAGCUUCUUUUUUUCUUGUUUAACUUAAAGCCAGUGCUGCUGUGUGUGAUGUUUAACCGCUCUCAUGAAUUUAUAUCUUGUUUUUAGUUGAUUACGGAAGUAAAUAUGUAGACAGCAAAUUUGCAGUUAGCUUUAAACUACUGAUUCCACUUCAUGGUUUUUAAUACUUCAGCAUUCACCUCACAAAAACAAAAGAGCUAGCAAAUUAAAGGACGACUUGUAUAUUUUGUUAUUUUAGAUAGUUUUUGAAUUUUUGAAUUUUAAUUAUUUCUACAAUUAAUAAAGCUACAUGUUAAUUUUCUUAUACAA